CAUACAUGCUAUUUGGGUUUCGUCUUCUGAGAUGCCAGUACUGUUUCAUGCGGCAUUGGCAGAUGAUGCCAUGGCGGCAGCUGAGGGGCUUGACCUGUCACCAAUAGAAAUUCUUUCACAAAAUGCUGUUCGUAAAAAUUUCCCUGAACUUAAAUUCUGGGGCUACGAUUCCAAUGUCCCGCUAGUGGUACAUAAUGAUGGUCAUUCUGUGAAACUCUCGGCUGAUAAUGAAAAAUUGGACUCUGUACCUUACAUAACUGGUGGAUCCCUUGAUGGUCGAUAUAAGUUACUUCAACUCCAUUUCCACUGGGGAUGUGAUGCAAACGGAAGUGAACAUACUAUAGACGGCGUGAAAUUUGCGGCAGAAAUGCAUAUUGUUCACCAGAAUCAGGUUUUUGACUCCCUCCAAGAAGCAAAGAGCCAUCGUAAUGGAUUCGCUAUUCUAACUGUAAUGCUAAAGGUUCAAGAAACCGAGAAUGCCAUUCUGCACCCUGUGAUAGAAGGAUGUCGUCUACUGAAAGGUCAAUCCAAGGAAAUUCUUUUGCCUUCCCCACUCGAAUUAUUCCUUCCUGGCUCUGAAACUCGUAAUUGUUUCUUUACCUAUUUUGGAUCGCUGACAACACCUCCCUACAACGAAGUUGUAACAUGGAUCAUUUUAAAAGAGCCCGUAGGAAUAUCUCUGAAGCAACUUGAGGCGUUCAGAACUCUUCAAGGGAUUGAUGGUCAGCUUGUGUUACAAAACUGCUCUUCUUCCAAAAACUUAAACAACCGAAAGGUAUUUUCAUCCUUUUAGACUAGAAUUCCCCGUUCUGUUUGUUUUCCUUUUACCAUGUUCGUUUCCGCUUCGUGUUUUUAC